AUGAGUAGAAUCAUUGAUAUCGACAAUUUUCCCAGCUUAUCAUCAGUUCUACGGGAGUUAGAAAGACAAGAGGAAAUAAAGUUAUUCACCACUACAAAGGCAGUGAGGCCUACAGGUGAUCACCAAGCUCGAAAACCAAGAUCGUUUACGACAUUGGCUCCAACGACUGGGUCUAAACAAGAAAAACGCGACCGAAGAGGGAGCGAUCCAACUGGUGUUAAACCUAAGGUAAAUCAGCCGCGAUUAAGGGUUCGCAGCGCGCCGUGCACGUCCAUCGACCGCGCUACGGUGGAAAGUGACUCGCGUCUUACGGAGAAUGCAAAAAAACUCAGUAACGAGGAACUGGCGCUGUUGUACGAAGACAUCCUUAAAUCGCUGGAUUUUAAUUCGAUUCUUUUUGAACGAAUGAGGCUCUUCGAACAAGGUGAACGAGUAUAG